AUGCCAUCCGGAGGAAGCACGAGCCUAGAUAGAAGUCGAGAGGCAGAGGUCGGAUACGAACCACGAACCUUCCGGUCAGUAAAUUCGCGCCCGACCACUUGGGGCAUCUCGCCCCCAAAGUCCUGCUACGAUACGAAGGUACCGGUUGCAAAACAGCGAAAUACACUCAUUUACAAACUAAUUUGGCUUUUCGAGAGACUCACCUGGAACCCAGCUGAAUCUCUCGUUUGUGAUGUGCUCAGACAACUGAAUGUGCUGCACCAGGCCGCCUCAUGUUUCAGUCGCUACGAUAUUCGAGAUAUCUUGAUAAAUUUGCUGAAAAUUCGCCGACAGCCCACGACCGGUUUCGGUCUUCCUAGGGCUCAUCAGAUCCUCAGCGGGAGCAUUGUCUAUGUAAUACAUACAUGUAAUACAUACACAUGGGCGAGAUGGCCCAAGUGGUUAGAGCCCGAAUUUACUGGCCAGAAGGUCCGUGGUUCGAAUCCGACCUCCGCCACUCGACUUCCCCUGUCUAGGCUUGGGCAACCUGGCAGUAUCCCAGCCCUCGUGCUUCCUUCGGGUAGCAUGGCAGCUAGGCACCGGAAGGAUGUUACAGCUGAACGCUUUCUUUUUACAUAUAACCCAUUGUCAGAUAAAUCCACCAGGAUAUCACUGUCAACUCCUAGGCUUGGGCAACCUGGCAGUAUCCCAGCCCUCGUGCUUCCUUCUGGUGGCAUGCCAGCUAGGCAUCGAAAGGGUCCCCGUUUGUGCAGAGAAACAAAUCUGUUUGUUAGUGUGGGGAUAGAGGAGGGGGACAGAGAAAAACAGAACUUACAUGAGAGCGUUCGCGGAAUUCCACACGGGUCCCGCCUUACCGCUCGCACUCAGGUGCUGCUACGGCUGAGAAGUCCACCCAACGCAAGAUUGGCUAAGGAUUCGGGACGCUUGCCGCACGUAUAUCAACACACAAUUAACACUACUCAACGCACAACCACUAAUCCACCGCUACGCACCACUACGUUCCCCAAUAACGCACUGAUGAUAUCACCUCGAUUUGUGAUGAAACGUUUGCAAUCAAAUUGCCCAGCUCAGCGAACAAACCAACGACCAUCUACGCUACCUGAGCUACCGACAUUUUGCUCCAUUAGGACACUGUUUAUGCGCUGCUAUGGCCCAGAAGCCUCACCCGCUCGUAAAUGGCCGGAAAUUCGGGUUCCUUGCCGGUCCAGCAUGAAGGCAAGCUCUAAGUGGCCGAAAGUCUGGACUUAA